ACAGCGGGGAAGGCGGGGUCCUUUUCUAGGGCGGUCGCGCAAGCAGCGGCUGCGGGAAGUCGGACACUGGGCAUCAUGUAUUACAAGUUUAGUGGCUUUACGCAGAAGUUGACGGGAGCAUGGGCUUCCGACGCGUAUAGCCCUCAGGGAUUAAGGCCUGUGGUUUCCACAGAAGCACCACCUAUCAUAUUUGCCACACCAACUAAACUGAGUUCCAGUUCUACUGCAUAUGAUUAUGCCGGGAAAAACAAAGUUCCAGAGCUGCAAAAGUUUUUCCAGAUAAUUGAGAGGUCAGUGAUCCGACUACAUCUCAGGCGUCGUGGGAGUAGCAAUAGCUCGUACUGCUGUUGCUGGAAGAGAACCGACGGUGUGCCCAUCCACCUGAAACGAGGCCUGCCUGACCAAAUGCUUUACCGGACCACCAUGGCGCUGACAGUGGGAGGGACCAUCUACUGCCUGAUUGCCCUCUACAUGGCAUCACAGCCCAGAAACAAAUGAGUUAGCCUGCAGAGGACUCGUUUGCUUUUUGGCAGUAAAUCCUUUGAAUUUUUAUUUUUAUUUUUCAUUAUUUCUGUACAAUUGUUUCCUUGGGUUUUUUUUUUUUUUUUACAUGAAUGGUCUAUUUAACAUCUCUAAAAAAAAAACAAAGAUAUUAAGACAAUAUUUUGGUUUGUUUAUUAAAUGCACUUAGCCUAUGAGAGCUCAUUCAAAAGUUAAAAAACUGUUGUUUAAAGAAAUGCUGCUGCUCUCCGAUUUUGGGCUCCUGAUUUCCCUGGAGGUUCUGAAUGAAGGUUGCACACAGGCUCAUUAACAGCAGUCUGUGCUAAGGUCCUUAGGGACUUGUGGUGGAGUUUUGAGCGUGGGGUGCAGAAGCCUUUCUGGAUUUGGAUGUGACUGAGGAAGGAAGACAGAAGCCAAGGCCAGGCUCAUGAAAUGAGAAUUAGUGGUCACCUUAGGGAUUUUUCCAUCUUGCUGUAAAAUGUUAAUAGAAAUUAUUUGCAGCCUGCCUCUGUUCAUUGGGCAGUUCGUUUAAAAGGGUUAUUUGCACCAUCUCAGAUCUUUAGUGAAAUUUUAUGCGUGAUUGUUAUGUAUUUAUUCCGCCAUGGGAACAGAGAACACCUGUUUAGUGUUGCACUUUAGACCAGUGUCUGUCCUAUUAAUUCAGCUCCGACACAGAUUCUCCUUUACCUUUUAAAAAUGUUAUGGCUUUAAAUUAUGAUUUAUUUUAAUUGUGGAAUAAAUACAUGAAUGAAAAAAAA